AUAAUAAAUAGCACUCACAAAUUAUUCGAAACACUUUCCGCAAUACAACCGACGAUCAGCUGCAGCAGAGAGCAGGCGGCGUAGAAAGCCACAGAUCAUGGUGCACGUCUCGUUUUACCGCAAUUAUGGGAAGACAUUUAAGAAGCCUCGUCGUCCUUAUGAGAAGGAGAGACUUGAUGCUGAGUUAAAGCUUGUUGGAGAGUAUGGCUUGAGGUGCAAAAGGGAGCUAUGGAGGGUUCAGUAUGCUUUGAGUCGUAUUAGGAACAAUGCUAGAAAUCUUUUGACCCUUGAUGAAAAGGAUCCCCGUCGUAUUUUCGAGGGUGAGGCCCUGUUGAGGAGGAUGAACAGGUAUGGCCUGCUGGAUGAGAGCCAGAACAAGCUCGAUUAUGUCCUGUCCCUCACCGUGGAGAACUUUCUUGAGCGCCGUCUCCAAACUUUAGUCUUCAAGGCAGGCAUGGCCAAGUCUAUUCACCAUGCUAGAGUGCUGAUCAGGCAGAGGCACAUCAGGGUUGGGAGGCAGGUUGUAAAUGUCCCUUCUUUCCUUGUUAGAGUUGACUCCCAGAAACACAUUGAUUUCUCUCUCACUAGUCCGUUUGGCGGUGGUCGCCCUGGAAGAGUGAAGCGAAGGAACCAAAAGGCAGCUGCAAAGAAGGCUUCUGGUGGUCGCCCUGGAAGAGUGAAGCGAAGGAACCAAAAGGCAGCUGCAAAGAAGGCUUCUGGUGGUGAUGGAGAUGAGGAUGAUGAAGAGUGAAGUUUUGUCCCAAUGCAUGUCGGAGUCCAUCUUAGAGGCGAACGAGAAAUAGAGACGAGGAAAAAUCCUGCACGCUGCCAUCGGAAUGUAAUAAAUGAGCUGAGAAUAAUGUUGGAUGCGUUGAGAUCAGACAAAAAUUUGGGAGAGAGGAGCCUGUUAAAUCAUUUGGUAGCUGACUAUGUCGAUGCAGCUCGACAGUUAGCUGACCUCAGCAUCAUGGUCGGAAACAUUGAUGAAAUGGAAAAUGACCUAGGUCCGCCGAGGAUGUUAGGGAAGCGUGUGAAGGAGCUCGGAGAUGGUGAGAAGGUGAUCAGACCACAAAGUGUUGGAGAAGAUUCCGUGGUGGGCUUGGAUAAAGACGUGCAACAGCUUUGUAGAGUGAUUCUUAACGAGGAGCCCGUGCAACAGUUGAUUGAACUUGAUGGAAAUCCCUUGUUGGCGAAGAAUAUGGAAAACGAGAGUCUUAUGGAGAUUAUUUACGACCACCUGCGACGAUUUCCAUGUUUCUUAACCUGCUACCAGAAUUUAGCUUUGAAUCUUUCUUUCUACGUCUGCGAAAAGUAGGAAUGUUCGUCUUUAUUUCUUAUCUCAGAAUUAAUUUUAACUAGAAAUGGAAAUUCAUCAUAUUAGAUUGCCUUAAACUAUCUAAAUGCUUAUACAUAAUACUCCCUCCGUUCGCCAUUUGUAUUUCUAUUUUAACUCGUCAUGAAUUUUAAGAAAUUGUUUGACUUUGAGCUUCA